GUUCGCCAUUUUGUAAAAUUUUGGUUUCCUUCCCGCCCAUCGAUAACAACUAAUUAAUCGAUUAAUCUUGUGGUAAUACGACUGUAAACCUAUGUGACGAUUUAGAAGAACUAUUUUUCUACAAAUCUGAAUAUCUACAGAAGGCGAAAUCUGCCAGGAAACUGAUGUUUUAGCGGUUCCUGUGCGAUUACCUCUCGAAAAUAAAAACGGAAAAAACUUUUCGAAGUGGACAGGUCAAACUACUGAAGAUAGAUAACCUUAACAAGAAGAAUGAGAUUCUAACAUCGGCAACAUAUUAUAUUUACAUUUUACUAGGUGAUUGAAUCUAAUAAAAAGGUGGAAGAUGUUCUGGAAGUUCAACCUCCUCACGUCUCAUAUAGACACCCUGCUGGACAAAGAGGAUGUGACAUUGACAGAGUUAAUGGACGAAGAUGACGUCCUCCAAGAAUGUAAAGCAAUGAACAGAAAACUGAUUGAUUUCCUGGUUAAACCGGAGAUCAUGGAACAAAUGGUGAAUAUGGUCACCCAGGAACCAUCCGAAGACUGUGAUGAGAAAGUUAGAUACAAGUAUCCAAAUACAGCCUGUGAGCUGCUAACCUCUGACAUAACACAAAUUAAUGACAUGUUAGCUAUAGAAGACACUCUCCUAGGCAAGGUCUAUUCAUUUCUAGAACAGGAAGGCCCCUUAAACCCUCUACUAGCAAGUUUCUUUAGUAAAGUCAUGGGGUUGUUAAUAACCAGGAAGAGUGAAGCGAUGCUUGAUUUUCUGAAGAAACGUGAAGAUUUUGUAGGUCAUCUAUUAAACCAUCUUGGUACAUCAGCAAUCAUGGAUCUGUUGCUCCGUCUCAUCACAUGUAUUGACUCUCCAGAAUGUAAGGUGGCCACAAUCAAUUGGCUGAAUGAGCAGAGCCUGGUACACAAACUGGUCUCAAUGAUAGACCCAGUACACUCAGAGGAGAAACACUGCAAUGCGUCCCAGUCUCUUUGUGAUAUAAUCAGACUGAGCCGUGAACAGAUGAGCCAGAUGCAGGACAAGGCAGACCAUGACCCCCUACUGGAAACCAUAGAAGCGCAAGAAACUGUGACUGAACUGCUGAACCAUAUGUUUAACGGAGAGAAGUCAGAAUCUGUUUUAGUCAGCGGUCUUUCCGUCAUACAAACCUUACUAGAGUUCAAAAAAUUGGCCCAGAGGGUGGUGCUGAACAGAUGACGUCACUAGAUGCAGAGAGGUUUGCACAGGGGGUUAGUAAAUGUCUAAUGGCCAUGACCCCACGCUUAAAAGAUCUACAUAAUUUAUUAGUAGACCCUCCAAAGCAACACUACAGUGCAAUGCCAACCACCAUAGGAACUCUAGACCCGCCUCUGGGAAACACAAGGCUGCAGAUAGCACGAUUAGUCAAUUCUCUCAUACAGACAAACACACAUGCAAUAAAUACUGAACUAGCCAAUUUAGGAACUUUGAAUGUCUUAUUAGAAUUAUAUUUUAAAUAUGUGUGGAACAAUUUUCUCCACACUCAACUAGAACAGUGUAUAGGGACCAUACUAUCCAAUACACCAACUGAGUAUGAGAAUAAACAAGAACACCCAUUACUAGAUCAAUUGUUUAGCAGCACUAAUUUAAUACAGAAAAUCUUAGAUGGCUGGGAAGAUAAUGAACAAUCAAUAUCACGGCCGGGUGGUAGGAGAAAAGGCUAUAUGGGUCAUUUAACAAAAAUAUCCAAUCACUUAGUACAGAGUUUAGAAAAAAGUUGCAAUGCGGCACGCAUGACAGAACAUAUAAAAGAAUUACCAGAAAAAUACAGGGAAAAGUGGGAAGCCUUCUCAGCCAGUACGCUCACUGAGGCCAAUAAAAAGAAUACGGUUGAACUGGUAGGAGGUCAUCCAUUGCUCUCUAGUAGUGAAGAUGAUGAUGCAGAUUUUAGAGACAUUCCAUUCCCACAGGACACAGCCAUGCAGCAGGCAUUCUCUGAUUACCAGUUGCAACAAAUGACCAGUAAUUUUAUUGACCAGUUUGGCUUCAACGAAGAAGAGUUCGCAGAACAGGAGGAACCAGCUGACAACCCAUUUAAUGAGAAGGUGAACAGUAUUGACUUUGCUAUCAACACAACAGAAACAAACCCGAAUACAGCUAUGUUUGAACAGGCUUGUAAUGAACGUAUACAACAGUUUGAUGACCAUGAUAGCGAUGAGGAUAUAUGGAAGGAGGUCACUUUUACACAAAAUGCAUCCAACCAGGGUGUCUCCAGUGGCACUGCACCUGUAGCAAGCCCAGAGGUGGAUGAGAUUGCCAGUAACAGUUCAGACAGUGAUUCAGAGGAGGACUUAGAAUCCCCAGCAGUAAUAAGACAAGCACCUUCCUCAUCUACUACAGAGAAGAUGGAUGUAGAUAAUUCAGACAACUGGGCCAACUUUGAUGCAGUAACCAUGGAUUCAGGCCCUGUUGCUAUGGACACAGCCAAUUCACCAUGGGAGAACCAACCAACUUCCACCUCAACUCCAGAUACAAGUUCCAGUGGCAGCUCAGAGAAUUGGGCCAGCUUUGGGGAAACAAAAAACCUGACGGGUGAAGCGUCACAGAAAGAAGAUGAAGAAUGGGCUGAUUUUGCUAGUUUUUCUCCAGCUCCUUCUGAUUUAGCAAGUACUGACCCAGGACCACGCAGUAGCUCCCCCAUUGCCAUGGACACAGUAGAGAGUACCACAGAGAAUCAAACAGACAGGCCAAAUGCUUAUUUAGUUUCAAGUGCCCCAGCUGACCUGGGCUCAAGUGUGGAUCAGGCUAAACCAGAUAGCACAGUAACAAGUGGGACAGUUGCUCACAUAGACACCACACAAAGUGUUGCUCAGGAAUCAAAAGAUGACGUCGUGUCAUCAACAACAGGGUUACCGCCUCCGACAUCCCCCAAGGUUGCCAGCAGCUCUACCCCCACAGAGACCCCCAGCCAAGGCAACCCUAGUACCCCCAGCUCUAGCCAAACUAACCCAAAUACACCAACGUCUAGCCAGCCUGGCCAGCCACCCAGUGAUCAACCUCAACCUAGCAGUAAUGUAACGCCCAGCAAUAGUGCUUCCCCUGGUGCCACAUCACAGUCAACAGAGGCAGAAACCAAACCAGCUGUGCCAUCAACAGAGCCUACCCCCUUAGAUAAUAAUCAUCCCCAAGAAGAUGACGACUUACAAGAUAAUUUCAACUUUUUAGCAUCAGCUGGUCUUAUGAGGUUUGAUGAGCCAAAGGCCACUGGAAAUGGACCAACAAGUAGUGAAGAUUCCGAGACCGCUACUGUCGAGGCAGCCAGAGCCAAAGCACUUGAAGCAUUACAACAGUUCACAUCUGCGUCUAGUACUCCUCCUGCUCAGAACGGCCCUGUUUGAUAUCACCUUCCCAUAUCUUCUCCUUGUGCUGCAACUCACAUCAGGAAGACACUGUCGCACAGUGUUCACUAUGUGCCAUCUUGCCAUCAGGUGCAAAAGAAAACUAAGCAAUGGUGAUAUCCUGGUCAUGAUAUUCAAGUUGUACCAGAUUGAUUGAGCAACAGUUAUGUCAUGAUUAACAGUGAUUAUUGGAGGAAUUAUAGCAACAGUGCCAUCCUAGUGUUGUGAUCACACAUGUCAAAAAGGGAACUAUGAUAUCAUAAUCCUAAAAAUCUUGAAUUGGCACAUAAAGCAUUCAGAAACCAGUAACAUAGGAUGUAUUUAUGAUUUUAAUUAUUUUACCCAUUCCUGCAUAUUAACACCCAGAAGGGAAUUAAGUUGUAUAUUAAAUAAGUUCAAUACGAAAUGGGUAAAAGAUAACAGUCUCAUGCACAGAGCCAAUUUUCCCACCCCAUUGUGCAUAAUGCUAAUAAGGAUAAACUUAGGACCUCCAGAGUUCAUGCUCAGCACCUUGUUCAGAUUAGGACUUUAAAACAAUCUUGCAUCCCAUUGAUAAUCAAUUUACGCCUCAUGGAGUAUUCAGAAACUUAUGACAGCGAUGGAUAUUUUCACCAAUUUUUGACUAUGGACAGAUGUCAUUUGAGACAAAUCCUAGUGAGAACCUUGAAUAUCUAAGAAGAAUGCUGUUUUGCAACUCAGUUGCAGUUUCUUAUGUGAAACCCUGUUCUUUUACACAACAGUCUCAUCAUUGUUUGAUUCAAACACAUGAACCUUUGAUGUGACCCCAAUUGAGCCAUGAUACUUCAAUAAUAUUGAACCAGGUCAACUAUUUUGAAUCGGACUUAUGCCUCAGUCACAUUUGAUAUACGACAACUGCACAGCAGCCGUGGCUUGCCAAGAUCGAGAGAAAUAUGCAGCAUAAAAUACAGGGAUAAGCAG